UUAUUAUCCUCACUCAUCACUGCACAUCAUCAUCAACAUCCACCACCAUCUCCUCUCCUCCUCCUCCUCCUCCUCUUCCUCUUCCUCCACCACUAUCACCAGCACAACCACCAUAAGAUUUCCAUGGGUAGGUGUUUUAUUAGUUUCUUCAAAACCCUAACCCAAAUUAAAUCUUUUCUGAUUUUUUAAGAAACCCUAGAUGUUUGAGCCAAUAUGGAGAUAACCCCAGUCACAACCCCAAUUUCAGUUGGACCUAAAUCCCCUGAACUUGACACUGAAACACCCACCCGAAUCCAACCCACUAAGACUUUAAGCUUCACUAACGGAGUACUCAAGCGCUACCACCACCACCACCAUCCGGUGGUUGUGAUAUACAAAGAGUGUCUCAAGAACCACGCUGCUACCUUAGGCGGUCAUGCUCUUGAUGGGUGUGGUGAGUUCAUGCCUGCGCCUAGCGCCACCUCCAUCGACCCCACCUCGCUAAAAUGCGCUGCGUGUGGUUGCCACCGCAAUUUCCACCGCCGUGAGCCGGAAGACCCAUUGACUCCACAACCUCCUAAUACAACAACCACGAUAGAGUACCAGCCUCACCAUCGCCACCACCCGCCACCUCCGCAGCAACCGGUGCAGCAAUCGGGUCAUCGUAGCCCCAAUUCAGCAUCUCCUCCGCCGAUUUCCUCAUUCUAUUACCCCUCAGCGCCUCACAUGCUCCUCGCUCUCUCAGGUGGCAUUUCGGCACCGCAAGACGCGACUAAUUUGAACCAAUCUGGGAGUCCUAAUACCAGAAAGCGAUUCAGGACGAAAUUCACGCCAACCCAGAAGGAGAAAAUGUACGAGUUCGCGGAGCGAGUCGAGUGGAAGAUGCAGAAGAAAGACGAGGAUUUGGUUCACGAAUUCUGCAAUGAAAUUGGGAUCGCUAAAGGGGUUUUGAAGGUGUGGAUGCACAACAACAAGAACACUUUCGGCAAAAGAGAUGUCAAUGGGGCUCCAAUUAACACUACUCCCACAACCACUUUAAACAACGGUGUCUCCACGGCCAUCGCCGCCGCGAACAACAACAAUGGAAAUGGUGAGAAUAAAGUCCACGGAAUUGUGAUUAAUCGAGAUCAUCAGUACGAGACUCAUGUUGCGACUAAUGGGUCUUCUUCAUCUUCUUGAUCUUUUGGUGGAUUAAUAAGUACUGUUAGAUAGAGUAAGCACUGCUACUUAGUUGUUUAAUCUCCUCUUUUUUUCCUUUUUCUUUGUCUUCUGAUUUUGUCUUAGUUUAAUUAAUAUUGAUGAUCAUCAUCACCACUUUUGUUGAGGAUAACAAACAUGGUAGAGAUUGAUCCGAAUUUGGGCAUUUUUAGUUCUAAUACUACUUGGUUUUUGAUUGAAUUGAUUAGAUUAUCUGUU